AGAGAGGAGGGGUUGGCUUCCGGGAUCUGGCGCGGCCUUUUCCUCUGGUUCCUGUGAGGGUUUGGUUUCGGGCUUCAGCUCUCUGCGUUCUGGGCUCGGUGAUUCAGCCACCGCUUCUGCCUCCCGUUGCUCUGUGACCUGAGGGCGUUGGGCGAUUUGUAGCUAAGACUCCCGGAUACCCUGAAGUCGGGAAAUGGAACUCUUAACAUUCAGGGAUGUGGCCAUAGAAUUCUCCCCUGAAGAGUGGAAAUGUCUGGACCCUGCCCAGCAGAAUUUGUAUAGAGAUGUGAUGUUGGAGAACUACAAGAACCUGGUCUCCCUGGGUUUUGUGAUCUCUAACCCAGACCUGGUCACCUGUCUGGAGCAAAUAAAAGAGCCCUGCGAUUUGAAGAUACAUGAGACAGCAGCCAAACCCCCAGCUAUAUGUUCUCCUUUCAGCCAAGACCUUUCACCAGUGCAGGGGGUAGAAGAUUCAUUCCACAAACUUAUACUGAGAAGAUACGAGAAAUGUGGACAUGAGAAUUUACAAUUAAGAAAAGGCUGUAAACGUGUGAAUGAGUGUAAGGUGCAGAAAGGAGUUAAUAAUGGAGUUUACCAAUGCUUGUCAACUACCCAGAGCAAAAUAUUUCAAUGUAAUACAUGUGUUAAAGUUUUUAGUAAAUUUUCAAAUUCAAACAAACAUAAGAUAAGACAUACUGGAGAGAAACCCUUUAAAUGUACAGAAUGUGGCAGAUCAUUUUACAUGUCACACCCAACUCAACAUACAGGAAUUCAUGCUGGAGAGAAACCCUACAAAUGUGAAAAAUGUGGCAAAGCCUUUAAUAGGUCCACAUCACUUAGUAAACAUAAGAGAAUUCAUACUGGAGAGAAACCCUACACAUGUGAAGAAUGUGGCAAAGCCUUUAGACGGUCCACAGUUCUGAAUGAACAUAAGAAAAUUCAUACUGGAGAGAAACCCUACAAAUGUGAAGAAUGUGGCAAAGCCUUUACAAGGUCCACAACACUGAAUGAACACAAGAAAAUUCAUACUGGAGAGAAACCCUACAAAUGUAAAGAAUGUGGCAAAGCCUUUAGAUGGUCCACAAGCCUGAAUGAACAUAAGAAUAUUCAUACUGGAGAGAAACCCUACAAAUGUAAAGAAUGUGGCAAAGCCUUUAGACAGUCCAGGAGCCUGAAUGAGCAUAAAAAUAUUCAUACUGGAGAAAAACCCUACACAUGUGAAAAAUGUGGCAAAGCUUUUAACCAAUCCUCAAGUCUUAUUAUACACAGGAGCAUUCAUUCUGAACAAAAACUUUACAAAUGUGAAGAAUGUGGCAAAGCCUUUACUUGGUCCUCAUCCCUUAAUAAACAUAAGAGAAUUCAUACUGGAGAGAAACCCUACACAUGUGAAGAAUGUGGCAAAGCCUUUUAUAGGUCCUCACACCUCGCUAAACAUAAGAGAAUUCAUACUGGAGAGAAACCCUACACGUGUGAAGAAUGUGGCAAAGCUUUUAACCAAUCCUCAACUCUUAUAUUACACAAGAGAAUUCAUUCUGGGCAAAAACCUUACAAAUGUGAAGAAUGUGGCAAAGCCUUUACACGGUCCACAACACUGAAUGAACAUAAGAAAAUUCAUACUGGCGAGAAACCCUACAAAUGUGAAGAAUGUGGCAAAGCUUUCAUAUGGUCCGCAAGCCUGAAUGAACAUAAGAAUAUUCAUACUGGAGAGAAACCCUACAAAUGUAAAGAAUGUGGCAAAGCUUUUAACCAGUCCUCAGGCCUUAUUAUACACAGGAGCAUUCAUUCUGAACAAAAACUUUACAAAUGUGAAGAAUGUGGCAAAGCCUUUACUCGGUCCACAGCCCUGAAUGAACAUAAGAAAAUUCAUUCUGGAGAGAAACCCUACAAAUGUAAAGAAUGUGGCAAAGCCUAUAACUUAUCCUCAACCCUUACUAAACACAAGAGAAUUCAUACUGGAGAGAAACCCUUCACAUGUGAAGAAUGUGGCAAAGCCUUCAAUUGGUCCUCAUCCCUUAGUAAACAUAAGAUAAUUCAUACUGGAGAGAAAUCCUACAAAUGUGAAGAAUGUGGCAAAGCUUUUAAUCGGCCCUCAACCCUUACUGUACACAAGCGAAUUCACACUGGCGAGGAACAUAGUUGAAUGACAUUUCUAGUAAUCUCUAAUUCCAGUGACUUUGAACAGCAAAUAAAUUGAAGAAUAUUGCUCCCAUAUAAACUUGUAUUAUUUUUCUUAUUUUAAAUUUUUUAAAAUUUCUGUAGGUACAUAGUAUGUGUAAAUAUUCAUGUCUUAUUUGGAUUAUUUUGAUACAGGCAUAUGACAUGUAAUUAUCACAUCAGAGUAAAUGAGUUAUUCAUCACAAGCAUUUGUUCUUUGUAUUACACACAGUCCAGUUAUACACUUUAAUUUUUUUUUUUUUUUUUUUUUGAGACAGAGUCUCGCUCUGUCACCCAGGCUGGAGCACAGUGGCACGAUCUUGGCUCACUGCAGCCUCCACCUGCCGGGUUCAAGCAAUUCUCCUGCCUCAGCCUCAUGAGUAGCUGAGACUACAAGCACGUGCCACCAUGCCCAGCUGAUUUUUUGUAUUUUUAGUAGAGACAGGGUUUCACAAUGCUGGCCAGGCUGUUCUCGAACUCCUGAGCUCAUGAUCCGCCCACCUCGGCCUCCCAAAGUUCUGGGAUUACAGGUGUGAGCCAUCGCACCUGGCCACUUUAAUUAUUUUUAAAUGUGCAAUUAUUUUUUUACUACAGGUUAUUUUAUGAUUAUAAUAAGUAUAUGAGUAUAAUUAUAAUUCACACAUUUCUAAGUCAUGAAUGCUUUUAAAAAAUGUUCCAUAUUUAUCUUUGAAUAUGUAGCAUCUCUUUCCGCAAAUAAAUGCAGACUUUGGUUUUGAUUUACAUGGAGUUAAAUAUGUAAAUGUAUUGCUCUAAAGAUAAAAUUUAGGUGUAAGAAAAUUAUGGGGCAAACAGUUGUGUUUGUGUGAGAGUUUGUAUCUAUUUUCCAAAGAAAAUAGCAAUAUUGGAACAAAGAUUAUUUUAAUAAGGUGGAUAAUUUACUAGAAAUCUAGGAACCUAAAACAUUCUGAAAUCAAAUCUAUAUUUUCUUCUGUUACUGUAAAAUUUAAUGGAUCAUUGUUGAGACUCUCCCCAUGCAAAUUCUGUUUUUAUUUGUCUGUUACUCAUGCUAGAGCUAUAAUUAACUUCUUUUUUUUUUUAUUUUUACUUUAUGAAGUAUUUAUUAUGUGAGCUGGUCAGAAAUUAUAAUUUUAUAAAAUUUAGUAGUGCACACAAAAUAUUUAGAUGCAAGUUCACAAUUCGUGUAUUAAGUUAUAUUUUAGUUAGGACAUUUCAUUUUAUUGCUUUAAUUGGAUAACCCUAUAUGAGCUGUUUAGUUAUUCGUUUCACUUUUUAUAAUUGACAUAAAUGAGUUUAUUGUGCCAAUUUUUUAAGGUAAGUACUGGUAAAACUAUAAUUCAUGGGAUGUUUUGAUAUAUAAUUAUAGUAAUCAUAAGAAAGUACUGGGUAAUAGAUGCUCCAUAAUUGGCCAUAAAUAGUAUUCUUUCUGGAGUGAGUUUGUAGCUCCAAGUAAGAGAAUGAAAAUGUCUAUAGUGAAGAAAUGGCAGUCUGCAUGUGGAGAGAACAUCUCUUCCCAGGCUGCAAAACUGACUCAUUCUGAAUUUAAAGAGAAUCUCUUAUUUUAUUUUCUGAUUAUCUUUAGUUUUGGGAUAUCUUUAUGUGUUUAUUCCCAGCUAUGUAUGCCUCACAGCCCUUCUUCUUUGUGUUAUGGCUACAGUCUUCUCACUGUUCUCUUUUUGCCGUGUAAUUUCAUACAGACUUUCUGUGUUCUGAUUAGAAGUUUGAUAUUUUUCAAUGUGGUAAAUUGUUUUUAACUGGAGUGUUUGAGGUUAUUUAUAGUUUAUCAAUGCAAUGUUUAGAUCACUUAAUUGAGAUAAGUACUUUACUGUCCGCAGGGGCAUUGGUGGAACAUGAAGUGAAACACCAGAACCUGGUUCUGGAGUUAUGGAGGGCAACUCCAGUCCCCAGUGUGGGCCCCAGCCUCUGGCACACUGGUGCAUGCCAAAAAGUACUCCUCAGGCCACCACUACUCUGAUCAGUGCCCUUGCUACCGUCACUGUUGUCAUCUGUGCUUGCAGUCCCCUGGUGCCUGGAAGUUCUGUUCUCCAGGUGGCAGAUGACUUUGCUCCCAGCAUUCCCAGCUUUUUAUUCCAUCUGUGGAGGAGUACUUUAUAAUUCUGUUUUCUAAAAAUCAUUUUACUUAAGAUAGCUCAUAUAAAUGGGAUUAUGUACUCUUCGUCACUAUGUUUCUGGUAUAUUUCACUAAAUAUGAUGUCUUAAAGUUUUAUGCUUAUUGUAGCAUGUGCAUAAUUUGCUAUCUGAAUGUACAGCCAUAUUCCAUUGCCUACAAAUGCCAUAUGUUAUCCAUUUAUCAAGAAACUUAAGUAGCUGUCACCUUUUUGUGUAUAGGGGAUUGGGGAAUGCUCUUAAAAAUAUAUGUGUGCAAAUGUCUAUUCCAGGUCCUGCUUUGCAUACAUAGAUUCCCAGAAGUAGGAUUCCUGGAUUGUAUAAUUUCUCUUUUCUUUUCUCUUUCUCUUCUUUCUUUUUUUUUUUUUUGAGAUUGGGUUUCACAUUGUCACCCAGGCUACAGUGUAGCCAUUACAGUGGUGCAGUAAUGGCUUACUGCAGCCUUGACAUCCCAGGCUCAAACGAUCCUUCCCCCUCAGUCACCCAUGUAGCUGGGACUACAGGCACAUGCCAGCAUACCUGACUAAUUUUUGUAUUUUUUGAAGAGAUGGGGUCUCACUAUGUUGCCCAGGCUGAACUCAAACUUCUGAGCCUAAGUAAUUCUCCCACUUUAGCCUCCUAAAGUGUUGAAAUUACAGGCAUGAGCCACAGUUCAUUUUUAGUAUUUUGGAAAACCUGCAUCCUACUUUUAUUGAGGGCUGCAUUAUUCUUUUCCACCAACAGUGCAUGGAGGUUCCAAAUCCUACAUACUUGACAACAUUGAUUACCUUUUAUUUGUUGAAUAGUGGCCAUGCUAAUGGGUGAGAGUUAAGAGUUCAUUGAGAUUUUGCUUUGCAUUCUUUUCAUAAGUGAUUUUGAUUGUCUUUUCAAAUUCCUCUUGGUUAUUUGCAUAGCUUCUUUUAGGAAAUGUUUUUGAAGACACUGGUCCAUUAAAAAAAUGAAGUUAUUCACCCUUGGUGGUGGUCAUGUUUCAGAAGUCAGAUGGUGGAUGGCAUUUGUACUCCACUUAGUGUUUCCCUUGAUGUGUGGAUAUGCAGAAGGUUUUGAAAGUUUGAUAUAGUACCUUUUCUAAUUCCCUUCUUGUUGCUUCUGCUUUUAAUGUGAUAUUCGAAAAACCUGCCAAAACCAAUGUUACUAGGCUUCUCCCUGUAUUUUCUUCUAAGUGUUCAAGAGUUAUACAUCUUUUAAGUUUUAUGUUUAGUGUAUGUAAAGUAUUUUAUUUGCAUUGAAGAGAAAGGUCCAAGUUCGUUAUCUUUCAUUCAGACGUUGAGUUUUCUCACACCAUUGGUUGGGGAGUCUGACCUUUUCUUCACUGUUUGGUCAUGGUAACCUAGUAAAAGAUUAUUUGAUAAUACUUGCACAGGUUUAUUUCUGGGUUCUUUGUUCUGUCAUGUAUUCUUUUUUCUCUUUGUGCCAUUACCACAUUGGUUUUAUUUUUGUAGCUUUGGACUCUUGUUUUGACAUCAUGAGGUAUGGUACUUUGUUCUUUUCUAAAGCUGUUGGCUAUUCAUGGUCCCUUGAGAUUACACAUGAAUUUUAGAAUUAUAUAAAAUAUCUCUGCCAAAUAAGUAACAUUGGAAUUUUAAUAAGGAUGACAUUGAAUUUGUGCAAUACUCAGAAAUAUUGACAGUUUAACAGUAUUACAUCUCCUGGCUGAGAAACAUGCA